UCACGCAAUAAUAAUAUGGUCGCCAUUUGGUGAAGACGUCAAACUCAAAACAGUGGUCGGUGGUUAAUGUAAUUUACGUAAUACGAGGGCGUUUUUCUAGUAAGUUUCAACAGUCAUUCUCCUAGUCAAUCAGCCCAAGUCUACUGAGUCGGUGUGAAGAAUGAUUCGAAUAAAAGACGAAAGGCGUGAAGACUGGAUAUGCUUCUUCUGCUGCCAUGUUCGGACAGCAACUAUAUCCAUUGGAAUUUGGCAGCUGAUGCUGCAAAUUCUAUCAUUGGCCACUGUUGCCGUGAUGGUGAGCCACCCUGAAUUGGCAGAAAACCAUGGCAGGCCAAUUACCAGCGCUCCUCCCGAGGAUGAAUCUACCGGAUCUCCUUUGCCGACUCCGCUCUCCAGGACUCCUUCGUAUUCUCGAGACCCGAACAUGAACACUCAGAUCAAUUUGAUUGCCAUCGCGAGCACUAUCGCCCUGAUCUACGGCGCCGCCAAAGGACGACCCUUUUACCUUCUGCCUUACUUCUGCUUGAAGGUCUUCGACUUUUGCUUGGCUGUGGUGAUUGCCAUCAGCUACCUGUGUGCCCUGCCCUCCCUGACGGCCCUUGCCAAGCAAGCUGAAGAACAAGGAAAUGAAAUGGUAAAGAAGCAAUUGCACAACAUGAACCCCUCUGCGCUUGGAUUUGUCACAAUUUUGGCCCUGGUUGCUGCUCUCUACAUCAAGCUGUACCUGUUGAGUGUGAUCUGGCGUUGCUACCGCUACUUGACCCUGCGGCGAAUGUCGGGCCGCGCGACCGUCAGCGUGCUUGGAGCAGCCGGAUUGGCUGAGCUGGGCCCUGACUACGACAUUCACCCGGCAGCCGCAGCUGCCGUCGUGGCCUCAGGCUCUGCAGCUGGUGGCCCUGCGGCCAACGCGGCUCUGCUCAACCCGCCUGAGUACUCCAAAAUUGUCAAGGAGCCGCCACCGAUGAUUACCCCCAGGCCCGAGACACCGCCGCCACCCUACAGCUCCACUCUCAAUCUCAACCCGGCUACAAAUGCCGCCCCGACCACUUCCGCCACCACAGCUGCCGCCCAGCAGUAAAUGGCAAUGCUCGCCUGCUCGAGCUGAUUCCUCCGAUUUAGUUACUUAACUGAAUUCGGCACGUGACAACCCUUGGUUUGUGCGUGUUUGCUACAUUUCUUUAUUUGUGAUAAUUUUCCGUUUAGUCGGCAAUCGUUUUGAGUGCACGAGAUUUUGAUUUGCAAAUAAUAUAUAAAAAUAUAAUUAUCGUUGUCCGUGCUUUAAUGAAAUUGCAUUUUAUCCAUUUUACGAAAUGCAAUGAAUUUACAGCAACUACUACUUGGUGUUUCUAGCAUCGCUUUAAAAAAAUCUACGACCGUGAAAGAGUGCAUCUCUAUUGAAUUGAAUGACAAGGUCUUAUUAUGUACUGAAAGUAACUUUUAUUUCACCCAGAUUUACAUAAAUGUUGUUCAAAAGAUGACUCAAAAUGUAUGAUGCAAUUUUGCCCAGUGGGAUUAUCUCCAUACAAAUUUAAAAAGAAAAAAUCAUUGCUUACAAUAACUAUUUUUGGUCAAGUCAAACCUCUCAAGAAUAUGACGGUGUUUGCAUGACUGUUGUGUGAGACUGCUGCGCUAUAAGAGGCAAACCCAGUGUGUAAUUUUAAAUGAAAAGCGAAGCAGUUUAUGCGAUUAUACUAAUUGUAUCGGAUUACGCUACUAAUAAAAUUUAAUCAGUGUAGGAAAA